AUGGGGAGUUUUGAAGUGGACCCCCCAAAGGGAGCCCCAACCGCCCAUGGCGGGCCACAGAACUCGGCACUCCCGCCGCUCGGUCACAGCCCGGGUACCACAUUGAAGUCGCCCAAGAACAAUGUGAAAUCUCGCCCCGGGGGAAAUUGUCUGUCACAGAUGCGAGAAUUUAAGACAUUGGAGGGGCGUAUACAGCAAGGACGGGUGUUCCCCAAACCCCUGCCCCGGGAAAGCACGCCUGCCCCUAAGCCUCAGGGGAUCACCCAGGGGUUGCCCGUGGGUCUUCUGGGGGGGGGAGCCAAAAGGCAAGGCCCACCUCCCCUGAGCCACCCCGAGUUGGUAUGGGGCCCGGGCGGUCCCCCACGCCCGGGGGGCCACAGCUCCGUACCUCUGGGGCCUCCUGCUGCUCCAAGAUCCCCCACGUUUAGCCUGGACUGCAAGGGGCCAGUUUCCCCUGGGGGCCAGAGAUCCAGAGCCCCAUUUUCUGGGACCCAACAUCGUAGGGGCGUAUACAGCAAGGACUGGAUGUUCCAAGCGCCCUGCCCCGGAAAAACAUGCCUGAGGUUUAAGCCCCAGGUGGUCACUCCAGGUGACGCCACCUUGCCGCCCCUGCAGACGCCCCCAAACAAAGGGGGUUUGGGAG